GCUGGCGACCGCUACUCCGGCAGGUUUCCUCGUUUUCUUCGUGACGCCUGAGCGUGGCAGUUAUGCCUUGGCUACUCUCUGCAACUAGGCUUGUUCCCGCGGUAGCAAGCGUCCGCAGCCUCUCAGGAUGCUUGUCAUGUUCACGGCGAAGAUACUCCCUGCAGCCCAUCCCAGAGAGGAGGAUACCAAACCGAUACUUAGGCCAGCCCAGCCCCUUUACACACCCACACCUCCUCAGACCAGGGGAGGUGACGCCAGGACUAUCCCAGGUGGAAUAUGCCCUUCGCAGACACAAACUAAUGUCUCUGAUCCACAAGGAAGCACAAGAGCAGAGCGGCACAGACCACACAGUGGUAAUGCUCUCCAACCCUACGUACUACAUGAGCAACGACAUCCCCUAUACUUUCCACCAAGACAACAAUUUCCUGUACCUGUGUGGAUUCCAAGAGCCUGAUAGCAUUCUGGUCCUUCAGAGCCUCCCUGGCGAGCAGUUACCAGCACACAAGGCCAUGCUUUUUGUGCCUCGGAGAGACCCCAGUCGAGAACUUUGGGAUGGCCCUCGAUCUGGCACCGAUGGAGCAAUAGCUCUAACUGGAGUGGAUGAGGCCUAUACACUGGAGGAAUUUCAACAUCUUGUACCAAAGCUGAAAGCUGAGACACAUACACUGUGGUAUGACUGGAUGAGGCCUGCUCACAAACAACUCCACUGUGACUACAUGCAGCAGCUGGCAGAGGUCAAAGCCAGGAGCAAGAACAAGGUUCGGGCUGUGCAGCAGCUGGUACAGCGCCUCAGGCUGAUCAAAUCUCCUGCAGAAAUUGAACGGAUGCAGGUUGCUGGGAAGCUGACAUCACAGGCUUUUAUAGAGACCAUGUUUGCCAGUAAAGCCCCUGUGGAAGAAGGCUUUCUUUAUGCUAAGUUUGAGUUUGAAUGCCGGGCCCGUGGUGCAGACAUCUUAGCUUACCCACCUGUGGUUGCUGGAGGUAACCGGUCAAACACUUUGCACUAUGUGAAGAACAAUCAGCUCAUCAAGGAUGGGGAGAUGGUGCUGCUGGAUGGAGGCUGUGAGUCUUCCUGCUACGUGAGUGACAUCACUCGUACCUGGCCUAUCAAUGGCAGGUUCACGGCACCUCAAGCAGAGCUCUAUGAAGCUGUUCUCGAAGUCCAGAGAGAUUGUCUGACCCUCUGUUGCCCUGGAACCAGCUUGGAGAAUGUCUACAGCAUGAUGCUGACAUUGAUAAGCCAGAAGCUAAAGGAGUUGGGGAUCACGAAGAACAUUAAGGAGAAGAAUCCCUUCAAGGCUGCUCGAAAAUACUGCCCCCAUCAUGUUGGCCAUUACCUGGGGAUGGAUGUCCACGACACUCCAGACAUGCCCCGCUCCCUCCCUCUCCAGCCCGGUAUGGUAAUCACCGUGGAGCCAGGAAUUUAUAUUCCGGAGGAUGACCAAGAUGCCCCCGAGAGGUUCCGUGGUCUUGGUGUACGAAUUGAGGAUGAUGUGGUGGUGACUGAGGCAUCCCCGCUCAUCCUUUCUGCAGAUUGUCCCAAAGAGAUGAAGGACAUCGAACAGAUAUGCAGUAGGGCCUCUUGACCCUCACGGCAGCCCGCGUGGGUCUCAGGUGCAGGAGGGGUAGACGCAGGCAUCUGUGCGUGUGUGCUUUCCAGGGGUCUCUUUGUGGACACUUGUUCAUGUGUUCCAUUGGGGAGUGCUGCAGCUGUGUGAGUCUGUGUGAUUGUGUGUGUUGUCUUUUGUGUUCUGUGGCUAGAAAUUUGGAAUAAUUGCAUUUUUGGACUGUAUGUUACUGCAACUUUAUUAACAUUAAUUCUGUAGAAAUAAUGACCGAGACAAGGUUAAUGUUAAGAUAUAAGGAAAGAUGUUGGUUACAUAUGUUCAUGCAUUCCAGUUGGCACUUGUGGAAAAUUCUCUCCUCUCCAGGUCCUUUCUCUUCUGCACUUUUCCUGAGAUCUACCUAAUAUCAUAAAAUUUUUGUGUAAUGCUUGUACUUCGAGCUAAUCACCAGAGUCUGCCUACAUUGAAAGCCACCUGUCAGUGAUUGUGGGUGGCCAGGAUGUACCUUCCAUAAUACCUGCCUUACCUGUUCAGGAGCCCACGUGAGCCCUCGGGGCACUGGUGUUCUCCAGCCCCAUCACUGAGCCACAGUCCAGAGUCUAGCAACACUAGCUAUCGAACAGAACAUUUUUGAGCUUUUCUUACUAUUUGGUUGCCUGGGACCUGGAAGGCGUUUAGAGUCUUGAUAAGGAAAUGGAAGAGAAAGAAAAGUAUGUAUGUGUCUGCUCUAGAUCCAGACCGCCAUCUGUCUGUUGUCAAUCUAAAGAGCACUCCUUUCCCAGAUAUCCUUGCUGUCUGCAUAGACUCUUACCACACCAAUCCUCAGAGCACAGCCUUGAAGCUGCCUCUCUGGCCAAGGGCAGAUCCUCUGCUCACCCUGUUAAGAGUCAGGGGAACAGCACCCAGUUAUCAUUCUGUGAUUUCCUCUAGCGCUGAUAAAAGCAAACCAUGGAACCCAGCCAGUAGCUGUAAAUACCCUCUGAUCCUUUCCUUCCUUGGACGUUAGCACUGGACGGGCAAUGGGAAAGGCUAGCAUUUCCCUCCAUACAGCAUUGAAUGCAGUUAUGUUAAACUCAGUUUGCAGAGUGAAUGGGGCUAGACCCUUGCAGAUGGUUUAUUUGGGAGUUUCAGUCAUAGGGGGCUGCUUUAGGAAAUAGUGUAUUCACCUCCUUUAAACUUGAAUAUGAACCCAAGAUGUAUAAAACAUGCUGUUAGAACAUAAAUUUAAGAAAAUAAUUGCUUUAGGGAAGAACAGGCUAGGAGAGGAGCAUUGUUGCCUCUCCCACAUACUUUUAUGGCUGUGAAAGUAUUCGGGAGUCGCUAUUUUUCCCUGUGAUAAAGAAACUGUGACUAUGUUUCUUUAAUUUGAAACACAGCAAUUAAGAAGUAGAAUAAUAACUCUCCUGUUCGCAUAGUUGUACCCAAGUUAGGAAGGUACCUCUCAUGGUGACUUAAAGCUGUCUUUGUGUGUCUUCUUUCAAAAUAUUGUUAUCUUUUCAUUAACUUUCGUAUGGUCAGAAAAGGAAAACUCCUACUAUAGAUAUUAUAUAUUAAUUGGGUUUAAAAGCCAUAAAGUAAGUUAAACCUCCAGAUGAAGACACUGUAUCUCAUUAAAAUUUUAAAAAUGGGCUUUGUUACAUAUUUUAAGACAUACAUAACCAACAUCCUCCUUAACUUUCUUAAUAAUAGAAAGACUGCAGACAUGAUGCGUGCGUGCUGCCUCUCCUGUCCUGUGUCCAUGUCAGAUCACAGACACAGCACAGCGGCUUUUCACCAGCCCAGCUGUGCCUUCAGAGUCCUUCCAGUAACUGCUGUCAAUAAAACGAGUUGGGCUUUGAGUUAGCCUCUGUUUACCAUCCCUCAGCUGGCAUAUGAUCAGCGAUCAUGUAACUUAUUUUUGUAUGUAUGUUAGAAAGUACAUGAGGGCUGGGGUGGCAGCAUAAAGGACAUCUCUUGGAAGAGAUUUUUAUGGUGUGGUUCUAUUUUUUAUUUUUUUUUAGUUUCCUGAAGUGGGAUCUGUAUCCCAGAAUGUAAGCUGAUAAGGGUGUGUUUUAAGCCUGAACAAAUAUACUUCAAGCUGAAGUGCUUAAUAAUUCUAAUAUGAGAACGUGACUGUAUCAUUAAGCCCUAGUGGUAGAGCAGAAUUCCACUAUCACAAAGCAUAUGGGUCUUCCUGGCUGCUCUCACCUCUGCCUGUGUGUCCCUGAGAACUCGGGGUGAGCAUCAGUAUUAUUCAGGUCAGGGGUCUCCACUGAAACCCAAGCCUUUGGGGGUUUGCUUCAUGAGGAGCUGAGGGAACUGCAGUCUUUGUGAGCAUUUCUUAAUGCUUUGUUUGACUUUUGUGCAAUUAUAUAAGUUCAAUUUGGACAAAAUGCUGUUACUUUUUAAGGCGCUAUUGACUGAAAAUACAUUAUUCCCCAACAAGGGAAGAGCAUUUGUUACUGU